UCCCCCUUCCCACUCCCACCGCAUCGUAGCGGCUGCGCUCAGCACUCGAGCCCCUCAGUCCCAAGGGACCCCGCCUCCCAGGCUGGAGGGUGGCCCGGCGGGCAGGUGCACGCGCCGCCUGCCCCCCAGCGGGUCCCAGGCGCGCCCGGGGUUGGGGGGACCCGGGGACCGGCUGCGCGCACGGCGCCUCUCGGCGCUGCAUCCCUCGCUCGGCUCCCCACCCCGCCCUGUGAUUGACAGGCAAGAUGUCGGUGUGGAGCGAGGCAGGAGCCGUCACCCCUGGAGCCCGGCGGCGGCGGCGGCGGCGGCAGCAGCAGCAGCAGCAGCAGCGACAGCAGCAGCAGCAGCAGCAGUGUUGUCGCGGGGAGCAGACCGCAGCCAGCCGCAGUGGGCGCCGCAGCUCCGUCAGUCGUGCGCACAGCAUCCUGAGAGCGCGCUGAGCGCGGGGACCCGCGGACCAUGCCGUGUCACCGCGACCGGGAGGGGGGCAGGCGCGCUCCUUUUUGACAUAAAAGCCAGCCGGCCAAAUAGAUUUAUAUACAUAUAAUUCCGCCCUUGACGGAGCCGGUGUGCGAAGCGUGAGCUCUAUUUCUCUCUGCCUCCUCCUUCCACUCCUCCUCCUCCCCUUCCUCCUCCUCGCCCUCCUCCUCUUUCUCCUCCUCCUAAGUGUACAGACUGCACCCUACCACCUGGUUGGCUUCUGACAAACGGGCAUCUCUCCCUUUUUAGGGACCAGAGACACAGAGAAAGAGAGAGGAGAGAGACAAGGGACAUUCUAAUGCAGACUGCCUGAUACUCCCCCCUCCAAAAAAAUAAUAAAUUUUGGCUCUUGUCCCCUCCUCCAACCCCCACCCCCUCAAGCUUGUGUGAGAUGUUGGGUUUCUUCAGGAGACACUGCUGAGAAGUCGCAGUGGUUGGAGAGGCGUAGGGGGGGUGGACUCCCUCUACCUCCUCUCCCUCCCUCCCCCUUUUUUCUUUCUGGGAGGAGGAGGUGGAGGAGGAGGAGGAGGAGGAGGAGGGGAAGGGGGGUUGCAGAGCGAGCGAUGGAUGAGGAAAACAUGACGAAAAGCGAGGAACAGCAACCUUUGAGUUUGCAAAAAGCCUUGCAGCAGUGCGAGCUGGUUCAGAACAUGAUCGACCUGAGCAUCUCCAAUCUGGAAGGGCUUAGGACGAAGUGUGCAGCUUCCAACGACCUCACGCAGAAGGAGAUCCGGACCCUGGAGAGCAAGCUGGUGAAGUACUUCAGCCGGCAGUUGUCCUGCAAGAAGAAGGUGGCCCUGCAGGAGCGCAAUGCCGAACUGGAUGGCUUCCCCCAGCUCCGCCACUGGUUCCGGAUCGUGGACGUGCGCAAGGAAGUCCUGGAGGAGAUCUCCCCUGACCAGCUGAGCCUGGAGGACCUCCUAGAGAUGACAGAUGAGCAGGUGUGCGAGACGGUAGAGAAGUACGGAGCCAACCGGGAGGAGUGUGCCCGGCUCAACGCCUCCCUGUCCUGUCUCAGGAAUGUGCACACAGCAGGUGGGAAUCUCUCCAAACAAGACUGGAUCAUCCAGUGGCCCACCACGGAGCCAGGGCAGGACAGCAACCCUGUGUGCCCCCCGGAGUCCAGCCCGUGGAUCCGCACCCACCUCUCCCAGAGCCCCAGGGUCCAGUCCAAAUGUAUCCAGCCCUUCUGUCACGCCAGCCCUACGCCCGGGACCCCUGUGUACACCCACGUGGACAGACUCACCGUGGAUGCCUACCAGAGCUUGUGCCCGCCGCCGCCCCUGGAAUCAGGCCACCGCUCCCUGCCCCCGUCACCCCGGCAGCGGCACGUAGUCCGCACCCCGCCUCGCACCCCGAAUAUCGUCACCACCGUGACCCCUCCUGGCACGCCACCCAUGAGGAGGAAAAACAAGCUGAAACCUCCGGGGACGCCACCACCCUCCUCUCGGAAACUUAUCCAUCUGAUUCCCGGCUUCACAGCCCUGCACAGGAGCAAAUCCCACGAGUUCCAGCUCGGGAACCGUGUAGACGAGGCCAACACACCCAAAGCCAAGAAGAAGAGCAAACCCCUGAACCUCAAGAUCCACAGCGGUGUGGGCAGCUGCGAGAACAUCCCUGCCCAGCAGCGUUCCCCGCUCCUGUCCGAGCGCUCCCUGAGGUCCUUCUUCGUGGGCCACGCCCCCUUUCUGCCCUCCACCCCACCCGUCCACACGGAGGCCAGUUUCUCUGCAAACACACUGUCUGUACCACGGUGGUCACCACAGAUCCCACGCAGAGACCUUGGCAACUCCAUCAAGCACAGGUUUUCCACCAAGUACUGGAUGUCUCAGACGUGCACGGUCUGCGGGAAAGGGAUGCUUUUUGGCCUCAAGUGUAAAAACUGCAAGUUAAAGUGCCAUAACAAAUGCACCAAAGAAGCCCCACCCUGUCAUCUCCUGAUCAUCCAUCGAGGAGACCCAGCAAGGUUAGUGCGAACAGAGUCAGUCCCCUGUGACAUCAACAACCCUGUCCGGAAGCCAGCGCGAUACUCAGAUCUGCACAUAAGCCAGACGCUCCCCAAAACCAACAAAAUCAACAAGGACCACAUCCCUGUCCCUUACCAGCCAGACUCCAGCAGCAACCCCUCGUCCACGACGUCCUCCACGCCCUCCUCACCAGCACCCCCCCUCCCUCCCAGUGCCACGCCGCCUUCUCCCCUGCACCCUUCCCCACAGUGCACGAGACAGAAAAAGAACUUCAACCUGCCAGCUCCCCACUACUACAAAUACAAGCAGCAGUUCAUCUUCCCAGAUGUGGUGCCUGUACCGGAGACGCCCACCCGGGCACCUCAAGUCAUCCUGCAUCCUGUCACCUCGAAUACAAUCUUGGAAGGAAAUCCAUUACUUCAGAUUGAAGUGGAACCGACCUCAGAGAAUGAAGAAGGCCACGAUGAAGCGGAGGAGUCCGAGGAUGACUUUGAGGAGAUGAACCUGUCCCUCCUCUCGGCCCGGAGCUUCCCACGCAAGGCCAGCCAGACCAGCAUCUUCCUUCAGGAAUGGGACAUCCCCUUUGAGCAGCUAGAGAUUGGCGAGCUCAUCGGGAAGGGUCGCUUCGGGCAGGUGUACCACGGACGCUGGCACGGGGAGGUGGCCAUCCGGUUGAUUGACAUCGAGAGGGACAAUGAGGACCAGCUCAAGGCCUUCAAGCGGGAGGUGAUGGCCUACAGGCAGACCAGACAUGAGAACGUGGUGCUCUUCAUGGGAGCCUGCAUGAGCCCGCCCCACCUGGCCAUCAUCACCAGCCUCUGUAAGGGACGGACGCUCUACUCUGUGGUGAGGGACGCCAAGAUUGUCCUGGAUGUCAACAAAACCAGGCAGAUCGCACAAGAAAUUGUGAAGGGCAUGGGCUACCUCCACGCGAAGGGCAUCCUUCACAAGGACCUCAAAUCAAAGAAUGUCUUCUAUGACAACGGCAAAGUGGUCAUCACGGACUUCGGGCUCUUCAGCAUUUCUGGGGUGCUACAGGCUGGCAGACGAGAAGACAAGCUACGCAUCCAGAAUGGCUGGCUGUGCCACCUGGCCCCAGAGAUCAUCCGUCAGCUGUCCCCCGACACAGAAGAGGACAAGCUCCCCUUCUCCAAGCACUCGGAUGUCUUUGCUCUCGGCACCAUCUGGUAUGAGCUCCACGCCAGGGAGUGGCCCUUCAAGACUCAACCAGCAGAGGCAAUAAUUUGGCAGAUGGGCGCAGGCAUGAAACCCAACCUCAGCCAGAUUGGAAUGGGAAAAGAAAUCUCGGACAUUCUGCUCUUCUGCUGGGCCUUUGAGCAGGAAGAGCGACCUACCUUCACCAAGCUCAUGGACAUGCUAGAGAAACUGCCAAAGCGAAACCGCCGCCUGUCACACCCCGGACAUUUCUGGAAGUCUGCAGAGCUGUGACCAUGGACAUGGGCCAGCGUCAGCUGACUCGCCCCCAAACCACCUCUUCCUCCCUGCUCUGCCCUCUGCCAGCCCAGGAGGCCCGGGCUUACCACCAGGGGAGUCCCAACACAGCCCAGCCUGGGAGACCUGUGCGAUGACCCGGACGCCGUGGAGGCUGACCGCAUCUUGGACUUGUACCCCUUUACUCAGGCAGGAUCAGGGACCCCCCCCCCCCCCCCGCAAGCUAGGAUCAAACUGGACGAGUGAGGGUCCCGUGCACAGUAUGAAGAGCAGCAGAAGCAACACAACAUGGCCGGGCUGUGGAGACCCAGACCUACCGCCCUGUGGGCAGACUCCCUCCCAGGACCGGCGAGUGUGCAUGUGUCUACGUGUGGACAGGACCUCCAGCUUUCUUACCACCCGGACAAGCCUGCCCACCUGUGAAGUGUCCCAGAUGUGCUGUCCCAGAACGUAGGACAGGGAUGGAACCAGGAACGACAUGCCUGCUCCGUUGAGUCAAGGUUCCCAGGCCAAGGUCAGAGUGGAAAGGGUUAAGGCGAAGCUUGCAAACAUCUGUUUGUAGAGGCCCCAUUCCAAGCUGGAAGUGACUGCUAGCCCCUGGGUGCACAGCUCCGAAGGACACUAGGCAGUCCCGUGUGUCGUUUUACUAUGGGGCCUCUCUGGGGAGAAAGUCCCCUGGCUUCCCCCUUCAUCCUGUCUUGUAAGAACGUUGUUCUGACUCACCUCACAGCCCACUCUCCCCCUGGGCAAAUUGGAGGACACCAUAGCAUCUCAGCUGAUAUGACAUCUGGAGGGUCCUUUGUAGCUCACCAUCAUUCAUGGUACGCACACACACCACCACCACCACCACCACCACCACCACCACCACCACCACCACCACCAAAGUCUGAGUCCUGAGAACUGGGCCUGCAGCAAGAGAGUUCUACUACAUUCUCUCUUUAGCGCUGACACUGCUGGAGUUGAUUCUCCCACAGUGACGGAUACAGGUCCUGGGUAUGCAUGACGGGCUACAUGGGUAUGCGAGUAAUAUUUACAAGGGUCUCCCAGCCUCUCACCCACUGCGUUCCUUGGCAGGGGGUGCAAGGAGGGAACGCAUCUGUGGAGGUUCCGUGGUCUCUGCUCUGGCCCAGUGCUGAGUCCUCUGAGUGGAUUCCCCCACUCAGGACCCUGUGCCCCUCACACCACAUCUCCCAUGCCUUUCUUCUCUCCCCACCCGAGGGGGAAGGUUUUCUGGUCUGUGUUGGGCUCCCCCACCCCUCCCCCACCACAGGAUCCUGCCUGAGGGAUGCUGAGAACGGAGGGUACAGAGUAAAUAGAAGGGAGUGCCCUGAGGCCACUGGUCCAUGUCCCCAAAGCCCUGUCCCCAGCGGUCACACUUGGCACAUGAUGAAAAGCUGUCCCCAAGCAGAGAACUGGCAGAGGUGGCAGGACAGAGACAUCCAACCCAAUCAUACGGAAUUGUCCCCUUCUUUGGUGGCCCUAGGAUGCACUUCCUGGGGCUAAACCUGCUUGUAAAGCAGCAAGAUUGAUUGACAGUGGUCACACGUUCAGGAAGACUACCCUAUGACAUCCUCAAGUCUUUGCAGGGCCCUUCUCAAACCCCUAUACCUGUGCUUGGAGGACCUGGGGCCCCCACACAAAGUUGUUCCCACGUGAACAUCUCUCUCUCUCUCUCCUAGUAACACCUGUGUGUCUCCGUGGCUCAGCCUUCAUGCAUCUCAGAGACAUUUCACAUACGUGUGCUCACGUGCCAGGGCUCCCGUAUCACUAAGGACCGUUCUUAUGGGUAGCUGCAUCCUCAUCUAACAAGGCUGCCUUCUGAACUCAUCCCUGUGGCCAGGGCUGGGCUGAGAUCUGCCUCCCAGCAACCUACUAAGAACCUAGGAUUUAGUUCCUCCUUUCUCUUUAAUCCCACCAGGACCUCUUUGGUCCAUGGACCCCCAGUCUUUAUCACGAGUCUUUGUAUCAAGAGAGGAAGUAAGAGAGGGCUGAGCCACUGGGAACCUGACGUUGUCACCAAGAACUGGAACCCAUUCAUCUGCUUCCCCUGUUUUCAGAUGAAUGACCCACUGGGGACUGGAGAGGGAGAUUUCUCCACAGUUCUGGGUGCUUCAAGGGAGCCAGAGGAAGGGGUUUCUUUACAAGGAGUGACCGAUCACCCACCACCUAGGGUUCUGACCUGCUCUGAAUCUAGGGUCAAUGACUCUGUGAAGGAUCCACAGACUUGAAAAAAAAGUGUGGUGGCGACCCACCUGUAAUCCUGGCACUCUGAAGGCUGAGGCAGGAGGAUAACAAGUUUGAGGGGAGCCUGGGCUCCAUAGGAUUUCUGAAGACCUGUUUGUGAUUAAGGACUUGAAUGAUACAGGGAGAGUCCCAGCCUUCCUGGUUCCUCUGCCAUUCUUCCACUUAUGGGACCUGGGUCUCUUGGGUCAAAUGUCACCUCUUCUCUCUUGCUCUUUCCUGACCUCCGCACCCUGGGCUGGACCUGUGCCUGGGCUCCAGGCUCCAUCCCUCCCCGGCUUCCCUCACUUCCUCCAGCUAACAGGCCCUGGCUGGCUAGCAGCCCCGUAAUGCGCAAACACUUGGAUCCAGGGAGCAAGCAAGUCUUCCCUGAGGAAGCAUCUGAGGAUGAUGGGUUCCUCUACCCUGCGCAGAGCCAAAAGAAAAAGAAGGUUGCGUAGUUAGAUACACCCCCCACCCCCUACCACCAUCACCACCACCACCCCGCCGCCGCCGCCGCCGCCGCCGCCGCCCCUGGACUGUUCAGCAUCUCACUCUGGACAAUGCCCCCUGUUCCGUCACACCAGCCACCCACUCCACUAGCACAAAAUGGCUUCUGUCUCUUCCUCGCAUCGCAAAUCCUUUGAGACACAGGCUUCGGAGGGAACAAGUCCUUUCUAGCUUUGUGUGGGGACAUCUCCCAUGUCCCCAUCCCCAGAGCUAACCUAGAAACUCCAAGUGGUCCCUUGGAUGGUUUUAUGCAUGUUUUCUCUUACUGGUCAGAAGGGGAAGGGCCUGUGUGUCAUAUGCUUGGUCCUCUUGUUCUCUGUAGCAACUUGAGCUCUUGGCCAAUAGGAGCCCUAGAUGGGUGUUGCCUGGUUGGUGGCUGUAUACGGGAUACCUAGCGCAGGAGGUGGGUAGAGAGCUUGCCUAACACUCCUCAAAGCCCUGAGUUCCAUCCCAAGCACCACAUAAACCAGAUAUGAUGGUGCAUGACUAAGUUCCCAUACACAAGAGGCAGAGGCAGGAGGAUCAGAAGUUCAAAGUCAUCCUUGACCAUAUAGUGAGUUUGAGACCAGCCUGGGCACCAUGAGACCUUGUCUUGAAAAAUAAUUUUUGUAAAUUUAGGAGUCUUGGCACCUCCCACCCCAUGUUCACACACUGCAUGUCUCCCCCAAACAAACACACACAAAGCCAGACUCCCAUCAACCCCCAUAUCCCUUGUCCCUAUUUGGACAUGGCGACCUAAGGUGUACAGAUCAAACAAGCGCCACCCACUUUUAACCUGGGGUCCUCAAGCUCCGGCCUGCACAGUGGUUUUUACAUUCUUUGUAACUGAGGAUGAAAAACAAAAUCAAAAGAAAAUUAUGACCCAGGCAAAUUUGAUGCAAUUCAAAUUUCCCAUCAGUCCCAUAUUGUCCCCAGCAAUGACAAAAUUAUUUGCAACAGAGACCCCAAGACCCAUAGAGUCAAAAUAUAAUGUGGCUUGGUCUGUGGCCAACUGGGCUGGCCUGUGAUAUAGUGGGUUGUCUUACUGAGGAAUAAACCCACCAGAGUAGAAGGGACGGGCGCCUGUGGGAAGCAGCCUACAGAAUGACAAACGCUGAGAAGGGAGAGGCAGCUCCUGGGCCCUGGCCAGGUGUUGUGCCUGCUGGCACUGUAGGUCAAGCCCUUGAGGCUAUGGUGAGCUCUCAGAUGUGUCCAGCCCAUCGCCCACAGACUGCCUGCACCCCCAAACAGCUGUGAACGUGACCCCACUACAAAACUGUAAACUGACUUAAAAUAUUAAGUUGUUCUUUUUUUCUAUUUUCCUUUUCCAUUUCUUUUUUCCCCCCUAAGGGUAUGAACUUUGCAGAUGACCACGCCAUGUCUCAGUGUCAAAGGUGCAGGAUGCAUGGCUCGCUAGGCUUCAAGGCUGCCUGGAUCAGCCAGCAAUGCUGGCAUAGACCCAGGUUGGCUUCAACAACAGAUACUCGUUUCUCCCAGAUCUGGGAUCGUCUCUGUGGUGCCUUUCUCCAAUCUCUUGUUUCUGGUGUCUUUUUCUUCUAUGAAUCCUAAGAACACUGCGUGUCUUCUUAAUGAGAGCCCCACCCCUCUGACCUCUUCAAAGAUUCUUUCUGUGGGAGUGGCCUUAAGGACUUCAUCGGGAGAUGUUGGGGAAAGACUCAGCGUGAGCAUGGUGGGAAGUCAUCCUUCAGUCCUAUACCAAGACCCUAGAGGUGGCUGAGGCCAUGGGUUUCCAUUAUCUGAAGGCUUCCCAUCUCUGGCUUUUCAUUUCCACGCUGGCCCCCAGCUUGAGUCCCCAAAUAGGCCCUCCCUGUCCUCAUGUCCUGCCCAUCUUCAUUACACCCAUCCACCCUCCUGGGGACUGGUCUUGUUGUAAGAGUGAUCCUGGUAAAGCUGAGCCUCCUUUUACGCCUAGGUCGGCUUCUGUGAGAAACUACCACAUGCCAAGAGGCUUUUCACCAUCCGGCAGAUCCAGAGUCCAAAACAGAAUGUCCACAUGACCCACCCCCUCUGGAAUUUCUCAAUGUUUCCCUGUUGCUUCUUGACAUGUAAGGGUAUGUGAUAAACGCCAACAUUCCUUGGCUUGUGGGAGCAUCUCUCCAAUCUCUCUCUUUGUCUCCACCAGGCACACGGGGCUCCUUGCAUCUCUGUCUUUGUGUGGCUCUUUUUAUGUGGACCCAGUCCUGUUGAAUCAGGACAUGGUGUAUGGGUUAUCAUUCUUGGGACUCUAAAGAAAUGCCCGAGAGAAAGAACGCAAGGGAGGAGUUACAUAUUUUU